AGCUGUCAAAACAGCCCCAUACACACACACACACACACACACACACACACACACACACUCACACACUCCUCUGCAUGUGCAAAUGCAAGACGUACACUUCUCUAAACUCCACAUCACCCUGCCAGGAUCUUAAAGGACACUUUUAAUUCAGGAGAGUCAAGAGAUCCUAGGACAACAUUCCCACAAGAAAAAAAAAAACACCCCUCUGGCUUUGCAUUAAAGCGUGCCGUCCCAAGAUGCCCUGGGUCACGGUGCUAAUAGCAACCAUAUCCUGCAUGCUGAUGAGACAUAGCUACUGCCAAUCAAACUCCUCAGAGAACUUCCUGUUCUCUAGUGACCCAGUUGCCAUCCUGCUUCCUGACCUUCAUGCCACCCUUUCACCUCUGACCCCAAGUGAGGGUGGGAGCCCUGAACGUAAACCUGCCACUCUUGCCUCCUUACACUCAUCAUCAUCAUCAUCAUCAUCAUCAGCCCUCACUUCUGGGAACAGAUCAGUGAAAGCUCACCCUGUACCACCACCGCCAGCAUGUUUGCGCAGGACGUCUAUGAGGGUCGCGUUUAAGUAUGUGAACACGGUGCUGUCUUGCGUGAUCUUUGUGGUUGGAGUUGUGGGUAAUGCCACGUUGCUAAGGAUCAUAUGCUUCCACAAGAACAUGAGGAAUGGCCCCAAUGCCCUCAUCGCCAGCCUGGCACUGGGAGACCUCAUUUACAUCGCCAUUGACAUCCCCAUCCACAUCUAUAAGUUGCUGGCGAUGAGAUGGCCGUUUAAUGACACAGGGUUUGGACUCUUCCUGUGUAAGCUCUUUCCCUUCUUGCAAAAGGCUUCAGUAGGGAUAACGGUGCUCAACCUGUGUGCCCUCAGUGUGGACAGGUAUCGUGCCGUGGCCUCAUGGAGCCGCGUGCAAGGUGUGGGAAUCCCAGCUUCCACUGCAGUAGAGAUCAUGUGUAUCUGGGCUUUGUCCAUUCUACUGGCUGUUCCUGAAGCUGUGGGCUUUAGCAUGGUCAGCUUUGAUCACAAUAAUGUGACUGUACAGACCUGCAUGCUCAAGCCAGAAUCACAGUUUAUGACUUUUUACAGAGAUGCAAAGGACUGGUGGUUGUUUGGGUUUUACUUCUGCGUGCCGUUAGCAUGUACAGCUAUCUUCUACACUCUGAUGACUUGCGAGAUGCUGAAUUACAAGAAAGGAAGUCUGAGAAUCGCACUCAGUGAACACAUCAAACAGCGACGUGAGGUAGCGAAGGCCGUAUUCUCUCUGGUGCUAAUUUUCGCUCUGUGCUGGUUUCCUCUUCACCUGAGUCGCAUUCUGAAGAAAAUGGCUUACUUGCAGCACGACGUUCAGCGCUGUGAUCUGCUCAACUUCCUUCUAGUGCUUGAUUACUUCAGCAUAAACCUGGCAACUAUAAAUUCCUGCAUCAACCCUAUCAUACUCUACCUCGUCAGCAAGAAGUUCAAAAAGUGCUUUAAGUCAUGCCUGUGCUGUUGGUGUUAUUCGGGUUCUCUGUUGGGCAGCAUGGGAACCAGCAUCCAAUACAAGAACCCUGUCCUGCAGAACGUCCUGACAGACCGAACAGCAUUGCGCAAGGACAGUUACAACUGAGGACACAAACUUAAAAAUGGACAUCACAAUGGUGACGAUAAAGUAUAGCAUGCUGAGACGGCUAAUAGCAUGCUGAGACAAUGAACACUGGCUGCAGAAAAAGUAGCUCAAAAUGUCUCAAAAUGCUGGAAAAAGUCUUUGUGCACAUCACUUUAAAUUCUCAAAUACGAACCGCACGUUUUGCCAUGUUGAUAGUAUCAUUGUAGAAAAAGCUAUAUUUUAUUCUAUUGUAUUAUUUUUGUUUUUAUAUUAUAUUUAUUCAUGUUUAAACAUUACCAGUAAGCCAGCAUCACCAUAUAUCUUUGUAAUCAGUUCAUUGUUGUUUCAUUUAGCCUGCAUUCACAUUGUAAGCUUAAACAAUGUGUUGCUUUUCUCCCAAAUCAUUUAAAGUCAUGCUACUUCACAUAAAUGGACACAUAUCUAAUACACCACCAUGUGACCGGAUAGAUUGGAUUCUUGCAUUCCUUUUUUCCACAUAAUUGCAUAUCAUCAGCUCCUAGCUUAGCAUUUCUAUUUAUCUUCCUGAUAUGAUUAGAAACUCCACAACAAAAACUUUUAUGCUGAAGGCAUGUGCUGCUGAAUAAACAGAUUUUAAAAA